UUAGUGUUUAGUGUUUUGAUCAAUCAAAAAUGAUUCAUCAAAAAUCAUCAUCUUCGAUCACAAUAUUGAUGAUAAUCAAUAUUGUUGUUGUUGUUGUUGUUAUGGUUGUUAAAAGUCAACCCGAUCAGAAUACAAAUUUUGAUGCAUUAUUUAGAGAAUUGAAUAUAUUGACCAGGCAACAAUUACAAGAGCUUCAGGCUGCAUCACCAUCAUCAUCGAAUGCAACAACAACAACAACAACAACAACAUCGACACCGGACAACAAAUCAAAAGCCGAAAAAUUAAUAACCGAAUCAAAUGAUUCAACAACAUCAUUGAAACAUGAAACAUUUCGUUUGCCCGACGGUUAUGAUUGGAAAAAACCACCAAAAUUUAAUCGUUUAAAUCCUAUUAAAAUUGCUGUAAAUUUAACCAUAUUGGAUACAACUAUUGAUAAAUUGGAAAAUGUUAUUAUAUUGGAUAUGCAACUAAAAGAACGUUGGAAAGAUCGCCGGUUAAGAAUGCGUAAAAAAAUCGAUAAAAAUAAUGAUCCAAAAAAUGACCAAAGCGAUGACUAUGGUGAUGAUUAUGACGAUGAUGAUGGUAACAGUAUUGAUGGUCGAAAACGUAGAAAAAAAUCAAUGGAAAAUUAUGUAUUGGAUGGAAAAUAUCUUUCAAAAUUAUGGCAUCCAAUCAGUCAUAUACGUAAUAAUGCACAUAUAACAAAUGCAUUAUUUGAUAAACCAAAACAAACAUUACAAAAAACUAUUGAACAAGAAAAAUUAAUUGAAAAUAUUUUUAUUAUAUCAAAUGAAUCAACAGCAUUCAUAUGGAUAACAUUAAAAAUGCGUGUCAAUAUUCCUAUCUAUGAAUGUCAUCGUGAUGAUAGCCGUCUAUUUCCAUUUGAUAAAAUUGAAUGUUCAUUUCAUAUUACGAAUGCACUUUACGAUAAACGAACAUUAAUAUAUGAAUGGGAUUCAGUUAAAUGGGAUCAUAAUGAAUAUCAUAGUGGACAAUUUUAUUUAAGAAAACUUAAAACAUCUAUACAAAAUGAACCGAUCAUUGAAUUGGACGAAAGUGGCAAUGAACAUUCUAUAAUGCGUAUUGAUUUUAUGUUAAAUCGUCAAAUUGGUGAUUAUAUUCUCAAUAUAUAUGUUGUACAUAUAUUCUUACUUAUACUUUCAAUAUCAAUAUUUUGGAUGUCAAUACAAAAUAUUAUCAUUCGUAUGACAUUAUCGAUUAUAAUAUUAAUUAUAAUAAAAUUUCAAACAUUUCAAACAUUAAAAGAAGAACAACGUAUUGUUACGGCAUUAAGUAUAUGGACAUUUGGUUUAAGUUGUUUGAUUAUAUUGGCAAUAUUAUGUCAUAUUUUAUCAUAUUAUAGUUAUCAACAUAAAUGGAAUGAAAAAAUUUUUGAUCGAUUAAUCGAUCGAUGUCGUAAUCAAUCGUCAACACCCACAUCAUCUCAUUCUUCAUCAUCAGCGAAUGAUAAUGGUGAUAAUAUCGACAAUCAAUCAUCCACAAGCUCAACAACAGCAGAAGAUAGUAAAAUUGAAUGGAUCAAACAACGAUGGAAUAAAUGGAAACAAAAUUUAUUGAUAAAAAUCUGUUAA